UAUGAUUUAGCACUUUGGCUCUCCAAUCCAAUCGAUCCGAUUGCUCUUUUUUCCGCAGAGGGAAAGCUUGGAUUCUCUAAAAACGAAAAUGGAGGAUUGCAGUAACGUCUUCCAGAUAUUCGUCAAGCUUCUAGAUGGCAAAACAGCAAUCCUUAGAUUCACAGCCCCGCAAAUUGAAGGGCUUGCCAUCAAGCAACGGAUCUUCGAGAUCACCAAAAUACCCACUUGCUCGCAGCGCCUUAUCUACAGCGGGACACAACUCCGUGACCGUUCCGUAAUCUCCAGUCCUGAAUGCACUGUCCACCUCUUGCUCCGCCUCCUUGGCGGCAAGGGCGGGUUUGGCUCGCUUCUGCGAGGAGCCGCGACCAAAGCCGGUCAAAAGAAGUCCAACAACUUCGACGCGUGUCGCGACAUGAGUGGGAGGAGGCUGCGUCACGUGAACGCCGAGAAGAGGUUGGAGGAGUGGAAAGCAGAGGAGGAAGAAAGGAGAUUGGAGAAGAUUGCAGAGGAAUUUAUUAAAAAGAAGGUGAAGAAAGGGAAGAAGGGGGCUGGGGAUGGAGAGGCGGAGAAAUAUGUAGAGAAGUAUAGGAAAGAAUCCGCCAAGUGUGCAGCGGAGGUUGAGGAGGCCGUGCGAGAGGCGUGUGGGAAUGGGAAUGGGAACGGGAAGCGGAAGGGGAAGGGGAAGGUGCCAAAGGAAGGAUUGGAAGCCAAGAGGUUGAAGAUUUGGAUGGGGAAGAAAAAAUUGGGUGAAAGUGACAGCGAAGAUAUGGAUGAGGAUAGUAGUGAUGAGGAAAAUGAGAAGUCUAUUGUUCUAAAUAAUGGAAAUCAUUCAGAUUUGAAUAAGGAUGCUGAAAGGAGUUCAGAUUCAGUUACUGGUGGGAAACUAGAUAGAGAAUGCUCUGGUGAUGCCUUAUGUGAGAGUGGUUCUGAUGCAGGAAGAGAUUCUACUGUGGAGCAAAAUUUGAAAUCUAGCCCUCAAGAAGAAAUUGUUCCUAGUGAAGCGGAUGGAUUGGCUGAAGCAGAGGUUCAUGAGGAACCUGUAGUACAGAGUGCUGGUGUAACUUGCUUGGAGACUGCUGAGAUUUCUGUAAUUGAUGCAGUUAAGGCUGAAAAGCAGGAUAACGUUGGACCUCAUUCUGAACCUCUACAUGUUUCAAGUCCAGCAAGUGGGGAUGGCAUUGAAAGCAGGCCAGUUACUGCUGAAGCUGUAUCUAACUUAAAUUCUAAAUAUAAGGGAGAAGCAAUGGACACUGAUCUUGAGAAGCCACUAAAUUUUGAUGAUUUCAAUUCAGCAGCUGAGAUGGAGGUUCUCGGCAUGGAAAGGUUAAAGAAUGAACUACAGGCUCGUGGGCUUAAGUGUGGAGGUACCAUGCAAGAGCGUGCUGCCCGGCUUUUCCUUUUAAAAACUACUUCUUUGGAUAAGCUGCCAAAAAAGCUGCUUGCAAAGAAAUGAAUCCAUGUGGCAUGUGUAAUCUCACCAAUUGUCGAGGAAUCUUUUUCCUUCAAAUGUAUAGUUUUGAAACUCCCAUCUGUUUACUUGUGCUUGUAAUAUGUCGUGAACUUCAGUUCAAAAAAAUAACUUAUGAAUUAUGAUAUAAUAGUUUUUAUGCCACGUAUGCCUGUAAUGUAUAUUUUAUGGCAUCAAUUCUGGAAUUUUCGUUCCCUUGAA